AGUAAAGUCCUUUCAUGCCUAGAAAAAUAAAAUGCUGGGAGUCUUAUGAAACUCCGGAACUCAUGUCUAAGGAUCAUCACAAAGAGACAACAGAACACAGCAUGGUGGACCGCUCAUUGUGAUAUACUUGAAAAUGAAUAGGCGAAACUGUUGGAUUUGUAAGAUGUGCAGAGACGAAUCUAAAAGGCCCCCUUCAAACCUUACUUUGGAGGAAGUGUUACAGUGGGCCCAGUCUUUUGAAAAUUUGAUGGCUACAAAAUAUGGUCCAGUGGUCUAUUCAGCAUACCUUAAAAUGGAGCACAGCGAUGAGAACAUUAAAUUCUGGAUGGCAUGUGAAACCUACAAGAAAAUUGAUUCACGAUGGAGCAGAAUCUCUAGAGCAAAGAAGCUCUAUAGGAUUUACAUCCAACCAGAGUCACCUAGAGAGAUCAACAUUGACAGUUCGACAAGAGAGAUGAUCAUCAGGAACAUUCAGGAGCCCACUCAGACAUGUUUUGAAGAAGCUCAAAAAACAGUGUACAUGCACAUGGUAAUGGAUUCAUAUCCAAGAUUUCUAAAGUCAGAAAUGUACCAAGAACUUUUGAAAACUAUACAAGCCAACAAUUCUUGACUAUCACUCAAAAGUUUACAUCGAAGAUGGUAUGCUGACAGUAAUUACAUUGUUCUUUAAAAUAGAGAAACAUAGAAUCUGAAAUAAAGUCA